AUGAACAUGAGCGCCUUCUUUAGGACGCUGCAUAUACUGGCGCAGCGUCAUUUGAGCGACCACGUCUACAGGGUUCUGGUCAGUAGCCCGGCCUUCCAGAGAUUUGCAGCUGUUUCAUCUCAGCAGGCCGCUGCAGUGGUGAAGAAAGCGGCGGACACAGCAGUCAAAGCCGCCGACGUGGCGCGUAAGUUCGCGGGUCCGCCUAAAUCCACUGGAGGCAAAAAAUAA